CGCUGCCGCGAGAGACGGGUGGGAUACGGUGGAGCCUGAGGAGAGCGCUAGUAACAACCACCACAACCCCCUCCCCGCCCGCCGCCCGCCCCCGGCACCCACCCACUCCCCCGCCCCGAGCGCCGGCACCGACCCACCCCACCUCUCGUUCCUUUGAACGGCGUCGGCUGCAGACGCCGCACCAGCCCGUCCGGUCGCCAGCGCCGCUGAGGAAGGAGCCGCCGCCGGCCGCCGGCCGCCCGCCCGGUUGCGGGAGCAGCGGUCUGAGGACCCGUCGGCCGCCGAGGAAGACGCGAGGCUCGGCCCCCCUCCGCUCCCGCGCACGCCCCACAGCCCUCCGGGGAGCCCGGGCGCCAGCCCCUUCCUCCCCGAGGACGUGAGCUGAGCCGAGCGCCUGCCCCGAGGGAGGAAAAUGCUCGGGCUCCAUGGCUGCCAGUGAUGGAGCGGUCCCUGGGCUCCCGCUGCUGCCACCACCACCGCCGCCGCCGCCGCCGCCGCGCCCCGGCCGUGUUCCGCGAGGACCCGGCGUCUCUGCGCGCCCGCCCGCGCCUCGUUGCUGGGCUCACCGUACCGGGCGCCCCACCGCCGCCGCCCCGCUCGCAGCCGCACCGCCCCGGUCCCGGCCGCGGCCAGCGUUUCCUCCCGGAGCAGCCGCCGCGAGCCCAGGGGCUCGCCCUCGGAGGCCGGAGCGGCCGGCGCCUUGGAUUGAGGAGGAGGAGGAGGAGAAGGAGGAGGCCUCGCGCCGGGCGGAGCGUCAGGUCCCGUUUUCCUCCCGGGCGUCUCCAAUACAAAGAUUACGGUGCAGAAGGAAAUCGCGCUCGCCUCCGACGCCCCCCCAGGCCGUCCACACAAUGCACCAGCCGCCCGAGUCCACCGCCGCCGCGGCGGCCGCCGCCGCAGACUUGAGUGCUAGGAAGAUGGCGCACCCGGCGAUGUUCCCUCGAAGGGGCAGCGGUGGUGGCAGCGCCUCCGCUCUCAAUGCAGCAGCAGCAGCAGCAGCAGCAGGUACCGGCGUCGGUGGCGCGGCCUCAUCUUCGGAGGAUUUUCCGCCUCCGUCUCUGCUCCAGCCGCCGCCUCCUGCAGCAUCUUCCACGUCGGGACCACAGCCUCCGCCUCCACAAAGCCUGAACCUCCUCUCGCAGGCUCAGCUGCAGGCACAGCCUCUUGUGCCAGGCGGAACCCAGAUGAAAAAGAAAAGUGGCUUCCAGAUAACUAGCGUGACUCCGGCCCAGAUCUCUGCCAGUAUCAGUUCUAACAACAGUAUAGCGGAGGACACGGAGAGCUAUGAUGAUCUGGAUGAAUCUCACACGGAAGAUCUGUCUUCUUCUGAGAUCCUUGAUGUGUCACUUUCCAGGGCUACAGACUUAGGGGAGCCCGAACGGAGCUCCUCAGAAGAGACCUUGAAUAACUUCCAGGAAGCUGAGACACCUGGGGCAGUGUCUCCCAACCAGCCCCACCUGCCUCAGCCUCAUUUGCCUCACCUUUCACCACAGAACGUUGUGAUCAAUGGGAAUGCUCAUCCCCACCACCUCCAUCACCACCAUCACAUUCACCAUGGGCACCACCUUCACCACGGGCACCACCAUCCAUCUCAUGCUGCUGUGGCCAGUGCAUCCAUUCCUGGAGGGCCACCCUCAAGCCCAGUGUCCAGAAAACUUUCUACAACUGGAAGUUCUGAAGGUGGUGGGAUGCCACUUGCACCAACUUCUGCUGUAUCGAGUGGCUCACCUGCGUCUGUAAUGACGAACAUUCGUGCUCCAAGUACUCCAGGUGGUAUAGGUAUAAAUUCUGUUACUGGCACUAAUACAGUGAAUAAUGUUAGUACUGCUCCUGUGGGUAGUUUCGGUCCUAAUGUGACAAGCGGCAUGCUUGGUAAUACUAAUAUGAAUACAAGCAAUAUUCCUAGUGCUGCUGGUGUAAGUGUUGGGCCUGUUACCAGUGGUGGUAAUGUGAGUAUCUUGAGUGGCAUGGGCAAUGGUACUGUUUCUUCCUCAACCGUUGCUAACACUGUCCCUAAUGUAACUGCAGGGAUGAGUGUGGGAUUGGUUUCAAGUCAGCAGCAACAACCAACAGUUAAUACAUCAAGGUUCAGAGUUGUGAAGUUAGAUUCUACUUCUGAACCCUUUAAGAAAGGUAGAUGGACUUGCACUGAGUUCUAUGAAAAAGAAAAUGCUGUACCUGCUACAGAAGGCAUGGUGAUAAAUAAAGUGGUGGAAACUGUUAAACAAAACCCAACAGAAGUGACUUCUGAGAGGGAGAGCACUAGUGGGAGUUCAGUGAGCAGUAGUGUCAGCACACUGAGUCACUACACAGAGAGUGUGGGAAGUGGAGAGAUGGGAGCCCCUACUGUGGUAGUGCAGCAGCAACAGCAGCAGCAGCAGCAGCAGCAGCAGCAGCAGCAGCAGCAGCAGCCAGGUCUUCAAGGUGUGGCCCUCCAACAGAUGGAUUUCAGUAGCCCUGGCCCUCAGAGUAUUUCAGCAGUUAGCAUACCACAGAGUAUUUCUCAGUCCCAGAUGUCACAAGUACAAUUACAGUCUCAAGAACUGAGCUAUCAGCAAAAGCAAGGUCUUCAACCAGUACCUCUGCAAGCCACUAUCAAUGCUGCAACUGGUAUCCAGCCAUCGCCUAUAAAUGUGGUUGGCAUAACUUCAGCUGUAGGUCAGCAGCCUUCCAUUUCCAGUUUGGCUCAACCCCAACUGCCAUAUUCUCAGGCGGCUCCUCCAGUGCAAACUCCUCUUCCAGGGGCAUCGCCCCAGCAGUUACAAUAUGGACAACAGCAACCAAUGGUUUCUACUCAAAUGGCCCCAGGCCAUGGUCAGUCUGUGACUCAAAAUCCUCCAGAGUAUGUACAACAGCCAAUUCUUCAAACAGCAAUGUCCUCUGGCCAGUCUAGUUCUGCAGGAGUGGGAACAGGAACAGCAGUGAUUCCUGUGGCUCAGCCACAGGGCAUCCAGCUUCCAGUGCAGCCCACCGCAGUCCAAGCACAACCUGCAGGGGCAUCUGGCCAGCCUGUUGGCCAAGCUCAAACAGCAGUCUCGGUUAUACCUACUGGUGGUCAAAUGGCAAAUAUUGGUCAACAAGCAAACAUACCUACUGCAGUUCAGCAGCCCUCUCCCCAAGUUACACCUUCAGUUAUUCAGCAAGGUGCUCCUCCAUCUUCACAAGUAGUUCCACCUGCUCAAACUGCAAUUCUUCAUCAGGGAGUUCAAACUAGCGCUUCAAGCCUUCCUCAACAAUUGGUUAUUGCACCCCAGAGUACCUUGUUAACUGUACCUCCUCAGCCACAGGGAGUAGAGCCCCUAGCUCAAGGAGUUGUUUCGCAGCAGUUGCCCACAGUUAGUCCUUUGCCCUCUGCUAGUAGUAUUUCUGUUACAAAUCAGGUUAGUUCAACCGGUCCUUCUGGAAUGCCUUCUGCCCCAACAAACUUGGUUCCACCACAGAAUAUAGCACAACCCUCUGCCACCCAAAAUGGUAAUUUGGUUCAAAGUGUUAGUCAGUCUCCCUUAAUAGCUGCUAACAUAAAUUUGCCUUUGGCACAACAGAUCCCACUAAGUUCUACUCAGUUCUCUGCACAAUCAUUAGCUCAGGCAAUUGGAAGCCAAAUUGAAGAUGCCAGACGCCCAGCGGAGUCCUCCUUAGUCGGCUUACCUCAGACUAUCAGUGGUGACAGUGGGGGAAUGUCAGCAGUUUCAGAUGGGAGUAGCAGCAGCCUAGCAGCCUCUGCUUCUCUUUUCCCGUUGAAGGUGCUACCGCUGACGACACCCUUGUUGGAUGGAGAGGAUGAGAGCUUUGGGUAUAAUAAAAAUCUGGCUGCCAGAGCCAGUGCCAAAGCACUAACUUUGAUUGGUUGCUACCUUCUUAGAGAACAAGAGAGCACAAUCCUCGUUCCACUAACAGCUCUCUAUUUCAGUGCUUCUCUCCUACCAGAGGUGCAAGGAGUGAUCCUAGAACCACAGAUACAGCCAAGACUACGGAGAGCUUUUGACGUCAGGGGUCCACUUUCUCCACUGAACCCUUGGAGACAGAAUAUCCAGCUUCUGGAGAGAGUGGGAAAGGAUAAUAAACAAGUGGGUGCUUUCCAUUAUUUACUUGGGUUUAUUUCUAGAUUGGAGUGUCCUUGCAUUGCCCAUUUUAACCUAUUGGUAAACUCCUUGGGUUCUUAUAUGAACCAGGUGGGGCUACAAUCUGUUUGUUUUUCUGAGUGCCAACUAGUGCCCAUUCAAAAAAAGAAACGUAAAAUUUAUUUAAUUUUCUCUCCAGAUAAUUAAAGCAGUGGAUGAUUUGGGGCACAUAAUUUAUUGAAUGCCUAUCUAGUCUACAUAAAUUUACAAAAGGGAAUGUUUACCCAUUUUGACCUUUAUGGUAAUAUUGGACUUCCAAGUGCCCUUUUAUAGUCCAGUAAUUUAAAAGUUUCUAUAUUUCAUCUUUGGGCAAGCUGGAUAUCUGAAGUCUCUUAAUUUAUACAGUUCAGAUGUCCAUAUGUUAUCCUACCCUGCUAGUGAGAACUUUUUGGUCGUUUUCCUACCUUAAAUGUUAGGCCUUCACAUUAGUCUGUUGUGGUUUUACUGUCAAAUCUAGGCUUCAUUCUUUAUUAAAAUAAAUAUGAGUGUAAGUUUCAGGAUAUAAUAUUCCUGAAAGUUGUAUACACUCAAAAGUGGUUUUCUAGUCCCUAUUUGUGACAAAAGAACCUUUUGCUAGACUUUUCCAAUGGCAUUAAGAUGGUUUUCUCUUAGUUUCAUUGAUGCCAAGGGUAGGAUUUGAUUCUAGGAAGUUCUUAUCAUCUACAGUGGGUAGAAUGUGAACUUGGUGCCUUUGGCAAGUUUUCAUUUUUCCUUGGUGGAUUCCUUCUGUGACUCCAGGUAUCUUGAUAAUGGGAGACCGGUUUAUUUGUUCUCUAAUUGCCCAGAUUUCUUUCAACUGGUAAAACAUCAUACUUCUUCAGCAAAAGGAAUUCUUCUAGCAGAGCCUUCAUGGAUGAUAUCUGUCACACAUGCCAGCAUCUGCAGUUUGGAAGGCAGUGGUGAAUGGAUCCAUGCAAUAUGUCUAGAAGACACAAGGAUGAGCGAGCCACCUGAUAUUGUUAUUUAUAAACUUCUAAGAUUUACUCUGGUUUACGCUUGGUCUGAAAAUGGAAAGGCUCAGAUAAUGAAACAAUUUUUUCAGAUUGGAGUUUUAUAUGGCCAUGAAAUAUUCCUUUCUAUUCAGAAGACUGAAAUAGAGGAAGCUUAAGAGACUUCUUUCUUUUAAGCAGUUCUCUGUAUCUAUUAAAAAAAAAAAGAUUGGUUGGGAUUGAAAAUUAACUCUUAUAAAAGUAGGCAAACUUUUUUUCUUUUGAAGUAUAGAAAACCCAAAAAAACUUGAUAAAACAUUUUUUGUUACCCGAUGCUACAGGAGACUAGUAAAGGGUGAACUUCUUAGUUACUCCAGAGUUACUGCAACAUAGUCUUUAGUUCAUCUUUUGCUGGUCCUGAGCCUUAAUAUUACAUUUUGAGAUCAAAAGCUUUAUCUGUCCUCUAAAAGAAAUACGUUUUAAACAUUGAGAUAUUAUUUUUGUAUUGAAGGCAUACUAAAUACUGUUAUAUCACAGUAGUGUACAGGGCUAAGCCAAGUUUAUAGUAUUAGAAUAAGCCUAUAGGUGUAAGUAUUGGGAAAUAGGCAAACUAUCACUUUCUCAAUAGAACUAGUUAUCAAAAUGUUAAUUUUUCUUUGAUUUCAGGUAACUGGUCAGUCAAAAACUAUUAAAGAAAAAUUUAAAAAUCACCUGAUGUUGCCAGUUUUGUUUUAUUUUGGAAAUAAUGGAAGCAACUUAAAUAUUUUAGAAAUUUGAAAGGUUUUAAAAGCCACAUUUACUAAAAUAUAACCUGGCCUUUAGUCAUUCUUGGCUGUAAGAACUGUUUUCUCCUCAUUAAUUAUAAAUACAUUUUCAUAAUAUAGUACUAAAAGUAAGCUUUAAAAAAUCAAUUUGAACUAAAAAUGUCCCCAGAGAGCUCUGAAUUCCCACAAAUGAUUACAGCUUUUAUUUUUGACUGGUUUUUGCUACAUGUUAAUAAGACAGUUUAUAAACACAUAUAUUGGGGGGGAAAAAACUACCUAACACUUUAAAAAGAAUUCAGGAAACAAAGUAAGUUUUGAUUAGAAAGUAAAUUAGUUGAUCUUUUGAAUCACAGUACAAUGUUUUAUGGCCUGUGAGAUUAUUAAUUUUUUUAUUUAGCUUUGAAGAUGAAAGUAAUUUAAUCUCUUAAUCUCAUGCUUUAAUUAAACCUUAGCUCUGUUCCUUAAAGUGUGCAAAGAAAUGUAAGUGCAUUUCUAUUUAGCUCAUACCACUACUACAAGCUAUUUAAAAGUGAACCUUUUUGUAUAUUGAUGUGAAUGGAUUUGUUUGAAUUUUUAUUUUGAUGCAUUUUCCUUUCAGAUUUUUAAAAAGUAAUUUCGUGUUACAAUACACAGUCAUAUUUUUCAGUGUUUAUGAAUAUUAAUAUAAGCUAUUUUUCCUAGAAUGAUAAUUGUAUAAUAUUUGUAUUAUGUGAUCAUUUGAAAACUAAUAAAUAUUUUCUCCAUGAAA